AUGGCUGCUUUCCACAACAACCUCUCUUUGUUCUUAAUUGUAUUGCUUCUUUCUCUUCUUACUGCUUCCAAUGGCAGCAACAAAAACAAUAAUGGUGAAGAAAAGGUGGAAUUCACUUAUAGUGGAGAAAGAGGGCCUGACAAAUGGGGAACUCUAAGUCCAGACUUGAGAGUAUGCUCAGAAGGAAAACAUCAAUCUCCAAUCAACAUUGUCAGGAAAGAUGCAGUCUGGAAUUCAAACUUGAAACCUCUGAAAAGGAAUUACAUUCCUGCCAAUGCAACCCUUGUAAACAAUGUUGUCAACAUCAUGAUGAAAUACAACCAAAAUGUGGGAACAGUGGUUGUGAAUGAGAAGAAGUACCACCUCAAACAAAUGCACUGGCAUUCACCUGCUGAACAUACCAUUGAUGGUGUUAGACACCCAGUGGAGCUUCAUCUUGUUCACUUCAAUGAUGAUGGAAACAUCACUGUAGUUUCAAUCCUGUAUAAGUAUGGCAAUGAAGAUGAACUUCUUCUUAAGGUAGUGUACUUAAGUGUGCUCUUUCCUUUACUUCAACUUUUGUCAAAAAAAUCACAUAUCAUUAAGAAAGGAAGACUUGAUCAUCAGAUCAAAGACAAGGUGGAUGAGUUAGCCAAGGAUAAGAAUGCAACACAUAUCCCAGUUGGAGUCAUCAACACAAAGGCCUUGAAGCAAGGAAGCCAGAAGUAUUACCGAUAUAUCGGUUCUCUUACAGCACCUCCAUGCACUGAGAAUGCCAUCGGGAACAUUGCUGUCAAGGUGAGGGAGAUGUCUGAAGAGCAGGCAGCUUCAGUUAGAACACCACUUGAUGUCAAGUAUAAGCAAAACGCAAGGCCAAUUCAGGCAUUGAAUGGAAGGACUGUUGAGGUUUUUGACAUAAAGAGGCUGACUAAACACACUGAAUAUUGAGAAGAUGGUUGUUCACCACUGCAAAUUGUAUAAUAAGAAAAAAGGCUCUAAGAUAUUUGUAAAAGUUAACUGCUUCUAUAUAAAAGUAUGCCA